AUAACGGCAAUUUGUAAUUAUCUACAUUGAACAUUCUUCUUUAGCUAAAGGCAACAAUAAUCAAAACUUGUAAAACAAACAAACACAAAAAAUUCAAUAACUGUCUCACCAAAGACUCACAUAAUCAAUAACUACCCACUACCAUAAAAACCAACAAUUACAGUCAAAAACCCAAAACAACCCCUUAAAACGACAUCGUUUCACUGUUUCCACAUGACUCCAACUGACAACUCCAUUUCCUCUCUUUACAGUUUAAAAACCCCCAAAAAUCUCCACUUUCCACCUUAUUCCCAAUAAAAAAAAACACCCCACUUUCUCUCUCCUCCCUCCACCACCAAUGCCACCGGAAUUCCCCACUGCGCCGCCGCCUCAACCACCGCCACUUUAAAAAUUAAAUUCCAAUUCCACCCUUAGUAUCAAAAAUGGCGCCAAAACAAUCGGCGGCGACAAUGUCACGUGAUCUCCGGCACCGAGUACUCACGUGCAUGACAAAACUCUCCGACAGAGACACACUCCCGCAAGCAGUGUCGGAGUUAGAGUCUAUCAUUCCGACACUCACCACUGAAACAUUCUCACUCUUCAUCAAUUCUCUCUCCUCCACGUCAGCCGCCGACCGUUCCGCCGUUCGUGUCUCCUCCCUCAAACUGUUAGCUUCUCUCUCUUCCUUCCAUGGCGUCGUGUUAUCUCCUCACCUCCCUAAACUCAUCUCCGCCGUCGUUCGUCGUCUCCGGGACCCUGACUCCGCCGUCCGAUCUUCCGCCGCUGUAACCACCGCCUCAUUCGCUCGCCAUGUCAGCAUCUCUCUCUCCUCCAUUUUUAAACCUCUCGCUGAUUCUCUCUCCUCCGAGCAGGAGUUCGGGGCGCAAUCGGCGGCUGCCAUGUGUCUUUCCGCCGCAAUUGAGGCGUCUCCGGCGGUGGAGAGUUCGCAGUUGAUGAAGGUGUUGCCGAAGUGGAUGAAGUUGGUGAAAUGUGACGGGUUUAAGGCGAAAUCGUCGUUGAUUUUGUUGAUGAAGAGUUCGAUUAGGGUUUGUGAGAUUGGGAAUUGUAAUUUGUUGAGAGAUUUGGUUAAUUGUUUUGUUGAGUUUUUGAAAUCUGAGGAUUGGGCUGCUAGGAAAGCGGCUGCUGAUGCGUUGAAGGAGAUUGCAAUGGUGGAGAGAGAAAAUUUGUCGGAGAUGAAGGUUUCUUGCUUGAAGAUAAUUGAAUCCAGAAAAUUUGAUAAGGUGAAAGCGGUUAGAGAAUCGAUGAAUCAAGCGUUAGAGGUUUGGAAGGAAGUUCCUGAUGUUUUUGAUGAUGGAUCACCACCUCCUAAUUUUCAAGAAUCUUCCAGAGAAAAUGCUAGUGAUGGACUAUAUCCUGGCCGAUCUAAAACUUCUAGUGCAGUUGACUCUAAUAACACUCCUCAAACAAGCAGAAAACGUUUUCCACUUAGGAAGUCAUCCCCAUCUGAUAGUGCUUUGAAAACCACGGCUAGAAACAGAGGUGCUCCUGAUGUUACAGGGAAGAGGUCAAGCCCACCAGUUUUCAGGAAGCUUGAUUGCAAGAAGUCUUCUGAUGUGAACACUGAUGCUACUGAUCAUUAUGGUUCAUCUGGUACUCCGGCUUAUGGAGAAAAUUCAGUGGGAGAUGAUGAGGGCACUCUACGAAGAUCAGAUGUCAGACAAUCAAAGCAUGAAACUAAGCGAGGUCUUUUUAGCAAGAAUUCUGGUUCUCGAGUGAUGCCAUAUCCUGAGGAUGACUCUGAAGCUACUGUAACUGUCAGCAAUUCCGCCACAGAUGUUUGUAAACACCACAAAGAUUUUGAGGAUCUUUCUCUUAUCCGUAAGCAGCUUGUUCAAAUUGAAAGCCAGCAGUCCAGUUUGAUGGAUGUACUGCAGAAAUUUAUUGGAAGCUCACAGGAUGGUAUGCGUACUCUUGAGACUCGUGUGCAUGGCCUAGAAAUGGCCUUGGAUGAUAUAUCCUAUGACUUGGCCAUGUCAACUGCAAGGAUGUCCUCUGCCGAAGCCACAAGGAGCAGCUCAUGUUGCUUGCUGCCUGGUCCGGAUUUUUUGAGCUCUAAGUUUUGGAGGAGACCUGAUGGUCGUGGCUCAACCUCACGGUUUUCUUUUGGUGGCACCACACCUUCGAUUUCUGCCAUGCGUACUAUGGCUAAUAAGAGGCCUGGCGAUACAUUCGGACUAGAGAAUCGGAGGUUUAGUCUCCGGGGUCCCGGGGAGUUAUCAUGAAUCCUUUGGCUGACAUUCAUGGUGAUUCAAGGGGAGCUACAGAGGUGUCAACUAGCCGAGUAUUAAGGAGUGUACGUAAUGUUGCUUGACAUAGUGAAUGGUCAUCAGUAUUCCAUUUGGUAGUUUAAAGGUGAGCGGAAUACGGACUGGCUACUCCAGUAAGCAACUCUAGCAAAUGGUACAUGUGUAACUGUUGACACCGCGUAAAAAAACUGAUUUAAUCAAGUUGAUUAAACUAUAUUACUUCCUCUUCUUUUGGUUUCCGGCGUUAGAGGAAGUCAUUGGUAAUGUUACCACAGAAGCUACUUUUGCGAUACACAAAUAUUGGAAAUUUGGAAUGUGUUUAUAGAGAAGAUUCUUUUUCCCUUGGUGACCUAGGCCAUUCUCUAGUCAGUAUACUACUUCUCGUGUUUGUUCGUUAUUUGAUACAACUACUACUGCUUAAUCUAUGUCGAAGUUUGAUGCUGUGGUGCUGUGUUUUAUUGUUUCACGGUAUCAUAGCUAAUGGGAAAGCAUUCUAGUUUGGGUUGUUGUAGCAGAGUAUUUUUGCUCUAAGCAAUGUAAUAUAGCUUAGACAGUUUAUUUUGUUCUGUGUAUAUAUUGUGCAACUAUUCCUAGAGAUUAGUAAAAUGGCUAACUAUAUGAGACCGGCUCGUUGAUUAAA